AUGCUGACCCCUCCUGAAGCUUUCGGAACCGUUGAAUCCGGAAUCUAUCGAUGUGCAGUGAUUGAUCCUUUCCAUUUUGCAUUUCUAGACACCCUGGGACUUCACUCCAUCAUUGUUCUGAACCUCAACCGGCCACCCAAGGUUGUCCGGUCAUAUGCUGCAGAACGAAAUAUCGAUCUUGUUCAUAUGGGAUUACGACCAUGGAGAUCAGCAGCCACUGCUGAAUGGAUGGUUCUUUCUCAUGAACUAAUUAUGGACGCUCUGACGUUUGUUUUAGAUACCCGGAACCACCCAGUGCUUGUGCUUGACGCUACCAAUGCCUUUAUCGGCACGCUUCGACGCGCUCAACAUUGGAACUUUUCCUCGGUGCUUUCUGAGUACCGCGCAUUUUCUGGCGGCAAGCCACACUACAUGACGGAGCUUUUUCUCGAGCUUCUUGAUAUUAAAUACAUGGACCAUACUGAGGCGCUGACACGAAGGCAGUCUAUCGAAGGUAUGGCCAAUGCAGCCAUUGCAGCAGCAGCCGUAGCAGCCACUCAGACCCCAACCGCAUCUCCAUCUCUUUCACACGCCAUGCUUGCCAGCUCCAAUCCCAGUGCUGCGGCCUCUCAAGCAACUCUUUCGCCAUCGCAGUCAUCUGCUCUUUUAGUUUCUCGCUCACCGUCAUCUACCUCAUUAGCGGCGGCAGCUGCUGCCAUUGUCAGCUCACCGAGUGGGAUUGCUACGCCACGCAGUAGGUCUUUUUCUGCAACAUCUCCGUCUCUCAACUUUGCAUCUCUGGUCAACAAUAGUAAUAGCCCUGUACCGACCAUGACACGCGAGCAUUACUCUAACGUGUUGUCUCGCGAGGAUUCGGCGGCCGUGUAUGACUCGGAAGGAAGCACAUUUCCAGGUGGCCAUUCUGGCCAGGGCCACGUGGUUGUACUGCUACCACCCACAGAGUACCUUCCAGCUUGGUUCAAACGACAACAAGCAUUAUGGGAGCGUGAUAGGCGGAAAAGGGAGCAAGAAGAUGGUGAAUCUUUGAACCAAGAAGCUCUUAGUUCUGCCAUGUCUUUAGCUACGAUAUAG